AGUGUCUCCACCUGUGGAAUUUUAAGAAAAAGCAGUUAACUUAUUUUGUAUUCGCGCUUCUGGUGAUCAGUUUUCUUUUUGUUUUGAUUGUUUAGACUCAUUUUUUUCAUUUCGAUUUUCGAUUAAUGUGUUUCUCGAAUUAAAAUGAUUAAGUUUUCGAUUCCAAAUAAAUUGGAAGAUUUAACCUCUGUCAGUGAUGAGAGUAGUUAUAUUGUCUCGCAACAAUAUUCGGUCCGGGAAGUCAAUGAAUAUUUGAAUGAAAUUAAUUCCAAGCUGAAGGUGAAAGGAUCUUCGUUUAUCUUAGAUGAUUUUGAUUUCGUCUAUUCUGCCAUCAAAAACUUCAAGUUAUUGGAAUCUCAGUGUAAAAAUACAUGUUUCAAAACUCUUCUUACUGCCUUAUCUCAACUUGAAGAUGAAUUGAAUCGUGAAUUUCAAAAGCCUCGAGCAAAUUGUUUCACUGAUCCUUGUGAGAAACUAUCGAAAUGUAAUACACUUAAGAUGCUGAUAUUUUCUGUUGUUUCUCUUGUGGAGAUAAUUGAAGGAUCAGUUUUGGCCAAUAAAUUAGCACAAACUGAUGUUCGAGCCUCGGCCAAGAAAAAGAAUCCAAAUGAACAGACAAUCAGUGGUUAUGAUCGUGAACGAGAAAAAUGUGUCAACAUAAUAUACAAAUUGAUUGUGAUGCCAUUACAAUUACUCUUUCAACCAGCAUUUGUUGAAGAUGAUUUGAUAAGAUGUGUUACAUCUUGUUGUUGGAGAUUAAUUGAGAAUCAAAAUCUCCAUCGUAAUAAACCAUUGAUGGAUAAUUUUCACAUAAUUGGAUACACAAUAGAAAAGUAUUCUGGAAGUUUGGGUUUUUGUCUUAAAAUCAUUCAACUUUUACAACAUCGAGAGAAUUUGGUUUCUAUUCUUGGACAACUUGUUGGAUCAAUUGUUCAAAAUCACAAUCAAAGUUUACUAAUCAGUGAGAUUAUUCGAGAAGUACAAAGAGUGGACACAAGGGAUUUAUCUCGAGACACAAGUGGACCAAGAGCGAUAUCAUUGUUUCUUUGUGAAAUUGGUGAAAAAUGUCCAAAUGAAAUGAUGAACUCAAUUGCUAAUUUGUUGCCGUUUCUUGAUCAAGAUUCAUACAUAAUGAGAAAUGCGACACUUUCUAUUAUUGGUACAAUCAUCUCGAAAAACUUGAGUCAAGAUAAAAUGAGUAAUCGAGAGAAGAAUUUGAGAGAUGAACUUCUUAACAAGUUGGAAUUGCAUUUACUUGACGUUUCAUCUUACACUCGAGGAAGAGCUUUGCAAGUUUGGUGUCGACUUUGUACAGAACGAAAAAUUCCAUUAGCGAGACUCGACACUCUGAUGGAAGCGGUUGUUGGUCGACUUCAUGAUAAGACAACUUAUGUUCGUAAAUAUGCUGUUCAGUUCUUGACUUGUUUUCUUCGAUCUGAUAUAUUCGCCGUUCAAUUGGAUCUAAAUGCUCUAUCAUCAGCCUACGAGAGAGCAAAGAGUAAAUAUGAGGAAUUGGAUAGAUUGAGGGAACAAUUGGAAAGUAAAGGAGAGAAAAUCGAAGAGAACAAUUAUUUGGAAGCUUGGGAUGGAAUCGAAAUUGAUUUCUUCAAUUUGGCCAUGGAAAAUAUUGAUAAUAUUAUCGAAAAUGGAGUGGCAAGUGAUAAAGACAAUGAAGAAAACGGCGAAAUAGAUUUAGAUGAUUUCGAUUCUCUAUCGGAAAUGUUAAAAGUAGAAAUCGAUGGACAAAAUUUCAACAGAGCUGUUCAACUUUAUGCAUUGAUGAAAGAAAAGUUUCCUGAUAACGAAGCUUUUAAAGACGAUGAAGAACAAGAUUCAAAAUCUGAAGACUUAAAAGAGAAAAAGAAGGAAGUGAAACCGAAGAGGAAGGAACGUCAACGAAGUAUGAGAACCAGAAAAAGAAGGAAAACAUCAAAAUGUGAUGACAUAAGUGCCGAUGAAAAUGACACUGAGAAAAUUGUGAAAUUCUGUAAAAGCAUUUACUUAGAAUUGUCCAAGAAUAAGAACGAUGAACUUGGUGAUGAGACUAUGAGGGGAGAGAUAAGUCGAGUGGUUUCCAAUUCGCGAUCACAAGAAACUAAUUCAACUUUGAACGAAACAAAGACUGAAGAAUCUUUGGAAAAAUUGAUGCAAUCGAUUGAGAAGCAAAAAAGUCUCCUCUUGUAUUUACGUGAUAUCAUUACUGUGACGAAGUACCUUCGAUCUUCAGUACCUGCAGUUUGUACAUUACUUUACUCUAAAAACAUACAGGAUGUACAAGAAGCAAUCAACUUGGUUACUGCUUACGAAUUUGGUAUAAAAGAGGAAGCACAAGUUGGAUUGCGAAAAAUGAUCAUCUUAAUCUUUUCAACUGAUGGAACAAAAAAAGAAGUGAUCGAAGCUUAUAAGAGGAUAUUGUUCGAAGCACCUGAAAAUGCUGAACAAACUGGACUCGAAAAAGCAAAAUCAAUUGUGAGUAAAUUGGUUGAAUUGGUUAAAGGAUCAGAUUUGGAUGAGAUAAUCUCACUACAAGAGCUUCUUCGAGAAAUGUCAUCAACAAACAGUUUCGAUAAACAUGUGAUCCAAUUACUUUGGGACAAGUUUUCACUUCGAUCUGGACAAACAACCGAAGAAGAGAGUCGAAUUUGUAUUCAAUUAAUAUCGAUGUUAGCAAGUUCUAAUCCACAAUUGAUUCGUAAAAAUCUUGAUCUUCUUGUUUCCGUGGGUCUUGGAGAAAGAGCUCUAACUGACCUCCAACUCGCUCGUUACACUUGUUCUGCUCUUUCUAAAGCAGUCACCAACCAGGAAAGGAUCGUGACCGAUGAACUUCCAUAUCGCCUUUUGAAAUCACAUCCGGUAUUCGAAAGUAUAGUCAAAAUAGUAGUUGAAACAUUUCCUCGUAUUGAAUCUCAAGGAUGGUUACCAAUGUGUGAAGAAGCUUUCAAAGUUAUAUUCAAUUUAGCUGAACAUCCAGAUACGAUCGCCGAAGAAAUUUUAUAUGGAAUGAUUCGUCAUCUCAUGGAAUACAAACAAUCUAAGUCCAAGAAAAUUUCAAUGUCUUCAGAUGAUACAGAGAUUGAAAAUGAAGUCUUUGCAUCUAGUCAAGGCUCCACUUUAUCAUCAAAUGUCUCUCACAAAGCUGAUCCAAUUAUGAUUUCCCCGCAAAUAUUAGCUCGUUUCAUUCACUGUAUUGGUUCAGUUGCAAUGAAUCUUUUAAUUCAUUUGGAAGUUAAUGUUUUCACCGAGUUAAAGACAAGAAAUGCAAUUAAAGAGGAAAGAAGCAACAGAAAAAGUUUAUCACAAACUGUAAUUUCAAUGAGUAGGAGGAAAUCAUCAGGAAGACGAUCAACAGGUGUCGGUUUAAAUGAAGAUGAUGAUGAAUUAGGAUUAACAGGAGUUGUUUCAGCAGAAGAUGCUGAAGCUGAAUUCAUUGCGUCUCUUUGUAAUUCCGAGAUUGUUGAUCCUCAUGACAAGAAUGAAAAUCUACUCGCUAAAUUGUCUCGAAUUGUAGUCAAAGUAGCAAGUGAUCCUAAAAAUUAUCCUCAUGAACAAUUAAAAUCUGCUGCAAGUCUCACAUUGGCAAAAAUGAUGGCCAUUAGUGAGAACUUUUGUAAGAACAAUAUUCGUUUAUUGAUCACAAUUCUCAAGAAAGCCGAAGAUCCUGCAAUCCGAUCUAAUACCAUUAUCGCAGUUGGUGAUUUAUGUGUCCGAUUUCCUAACCUUUUGGAACCUUGGACUUCCCAUUUAUAUCAAUCAUUACAAGAUGAUUGUGUCUUGGUCCGCACCAAUGCACUCAAAGUGAUCUCACGAUUGAUUUUAUCUGACAUGAUUAAAGUACAAGAUCAAAUCAGUGAGAUUGCAAAACUUAUGGUUGACCCACAAGAACAUGUCUCUUGUAGUGCUAAGUUGUUUUUCACCCAAUUAAGCAAGAAGCUAAACGCUGUCUACAAUGUGUUACCUGAUAUAAUCAGUAAUCUAUCAGAUUCGAAGGUUGGAAUUGAAGAGAACGAUUUCCGAACCAUCAUGCGUUUCCUGUUCGAACUCAUUGACAAGGAACGUCAUACUAUUGGUCUCUUAGAGAAAAUGUGCCAAAGAUUCAAAAACACUCUAAAUGAGCGACAAUGGGUUGAUUUAUCCUUCUGUCUGAGUUUACUCAAGUAUUCCGAUAAAUCAAUCACCAAACUAUUCGAAAACUUUUCCUGUUUCGCUGACAAAGUAUCGGUUGCAGCAGUUUACGAAUUGUUCAUGUCGAUUGUCACAAAUGCAAAGAAAACAACAGGUCUUAAAAACGAAACGAAACAAAUGUUAGAGGAAUUUGAGACGAAACUGAAACAGGCAAAGAACAAAGGAGUUGAUGAAGAUGAAAUUGCGAAAGAAGAUGGAGAAGAAGGAGAUGAAGAGGAAAACGAUGAAGAUGAAGAAGAAAACGAGAGUGAAAAAACUGUGAUCUCGGCCAAAGAUCAAUCAACUUGAGUUAUUUAAUUCUAAAUAUUUUCGUCAAAUAUUUUAUUUACCAACAUUGUUAUUAUUCAAAGAAGACUAUCAAAGUAUCACGAAAUUUUCGUAUGUUAUAUGGAAACAAAUACCAAAGUAUUUGGUAGGCUCUCAAUUAGACAAGUUGAUUCAUUUUGUAAAUAUUAUCACAUAAUUUGUAUCAAUUUCUACCAAUUUAUCAUAAAUAUAAUUAUGUUUAUAAACAUA